UGCAUCCUGUUGCUGUUGGGUUUCUUUUCCUGAGAAUCUGUGCGCUUCACACGUCGCUGGAUUCUGUACUCAAAGCCCAGAUUUCUGUCAGCGCUCCAGGAAAGCGACGUGUCUUCGUGGAAGGACGGGCGGGUUCUCAUAAGCUUAAACCAUGUAACACGGUGGUCAUGACAUGAAUGAAUGCCUGGCAAACGCAAGAAAACACGUCCCAGGGAAGGUUUUACAGUAAGUGCAAAGCGAACAUGGGUUUUAAGGCGCGCUCUAGAAAUUGAGUAUGGGGUAGGAGUGGAGAUAAAUAUGCAGUAGUUAAAAAAGAAGAAGGAAAACUCCAGCGGACAGCUCGUUGACUACGCAUUUGAAAUAUGCAUGUGAGAACCCUGAGAUAAAUCGCUUGAAGAUUAUGCAGUCGCGGAGUAGCUUUCACAAGGCGGACGUGAGAAACGCAGCGGAGUAAAACGCAGGAGGAACUGAGUGCAGUCUAACGGAGCGCCAGUUCACGUCUCCGUGUUGCAGACUCGACAUCCCUGAAAGGCGGUGUGUAUGUGUGUGUGAGAGUGUGUGUGCAACCGACGCACGAGCAUGUCAAACCGAAAGCACCGGGACAACCAGGAGAUUUGCGCCCGAAAGGUCCGGGAGCUCGCGCAAACAGGCCCCAACAAGCACUGCUUCGAGUGCGGGCAGCCUGGUGUAACUUACACCGAUAUCACGGUGGGCUGCUUCAUUUGCACAUCAUGUUCCGGAAUGCUGAGGGGGCUCAACCCGCCCCACAGGGUCAAGUCCAUUUCCAUGACAACCUUUUCCCAACAGGAAGUAGAGUUUUUGCAAAACCAUGGCAACGAGGUUGGGAAGAGGAUGUGGCUCUGUACGUUCGAUCCAAAGACUGAUGGCUCUUUUGACACACGCGACUCGCAGAAGUUUAAAGAAUUUCUUCAGGAUAAAUACGAGAGGAAGAAAUGGCAUUUCUCCAAGAGUAAAGGCAGGAGGGAUAUAGAGCCUCCCUGGAAUACAGGGGUUCAAGCUCCUGCUCAGAAUCAGCCUCCUUCUGGACACCCGCUGAAUCCAGCAGCCCGGCCAUCACGUGCUUUGUCCCAGGCUCAGUUGCCGUCAUGGGAUAGAGUUCCAUCUGUGUGUCCAGCUGAUGUACGUACAGAGGUUUUCACAGCUCGACCCACUCGAUCCCAGAGUUUCAGAGACCACACUAUUAAAGAUUCUUUGUUAAGUGGGAUGGAGAGGCAGAGACCAGGAACAAUUUCACCAGGAAUGGGACCCCAGAGUCGCCUUCCCUCGUUCCCUGCGCUUCCACGGCCUUCAGCAAGUAGCACUUUCAAAAACAGCUUCACACUAGGUCGCACGGUAUCCUCAGGAGCCGGAGCCCCAUUUAGGACUGUCCCUAAAUCUCUUAGUUUGGAUUUUGGAGGUCUUGGAUCUACCCCUAGUGCACUCAGCCCUCAGGCUCCACCUCUUGUCUCUCAGGACAAGUAUGCUGCCGUGUCUCAACUAGACAAGGUCUUAUCUGACAUACCCACCACAGUUGCAUCUACAUCUCCCUCUAGUGGCCCUCCUCAAUACAGCACCCUGUUUGGCAACAGACUCUCUACUAGUUCUACACCUGCCAGCUCGCCAGGUGUGCCAGAGGUCAAUUCAGCCUCUCAGACAUUUGCAAAUUUUCCAAACCCAUUCUGUUCUACAGCCAGCAGUUCACAGCCUGUUUUAUCCCCCAGUAACCCCUUCAACAGCACAGCCACAAGUGACAGCAGUACACUCGUGUCACCCUCUUCAGCUGCCUUCCCCCACUCAGCCUCCUUUCCUGCUCCCACCUCCCAGAAUGCUUUUCCUCAUGAGCCAUCUAAUAAUCAGGAGACAAAUGGUUUCACGUCUUUCCAAGCACUGGAGUCCACCUCCAAAGCCCAGCGGCCGAUGUCCGUCAACCCGUUUACUGGAAUGGUUUACCCCACCAGAGGAACGUCAUUGAAUCCUUUCAUCUGAUCCCACUGUUCCUUUGACAAGACCGGGGGAGGCAGGGGGGGAGACAGUGAAAGAGAGACAGAAAUCUUGAUGCCAUUUCCAUGCUUUGAGGAAACUCCCUCCAUCAGAUAAGGGAGGAAAACACACAAGGACUGCCCAUUUUCUGAUUUUAAGUUAAUCUGUGUGUAUUAAAGAGUGUAUUCCUUUUGUUUAUGUCUGUGUUCGUAUUUGUAUGUGUGAAUGUGUUAUGUGUGUGCACCAUUUUGCACCACACACUACAAAUUUUUGUAAGCAUGUGUUUCUUGUGUUUUUUUUAAUGUAUGUUUGUGCGUGUGUUCAUGUCAUAUGUGUUCAAUCAAAAAUGUCUAAUGGUGCCAGAUAGCAAGUGGCAAUAGCAGAAACACACACACACACACAGUGCUGCUUUUACCUCCUGCCCUGUACUCUUGAUAAUUCAUUGCUAGGCUUUAGCCUGCACCCAACUUGCUUGCAUAUUAGACACCUAAGUAUCAGGUUGUAGUAAUGAAACACUGAAAGGGGGCAGCAGGCAACACUAGCUUCAAAUAUUAUGAUGUUAUUAAUAGGAAGUGUGCAGUUUUAUUUAGCUCUCAUUUGGCAACCAACUCUCCAAAUGCAUGUUAAUAGGAGAAACUGACGAAAUCAUGUGUUUGUGUAUGUACGUGAUGCAUACAUGUAUGUACGUCAUCAGCCUGCAUGCGCUUCAUGAGCAAGAAGCUGCCUGAAUGUAUUGCAAUUUUGGAAACUUCACAGUGUUAUUUUGUGUUAUUCAUGUAUAUGGACCAAAUAAUGUCAGGCUUCAUGUACUUUUUUUUUUCUUUACCAUUUUUUUUCUUCCAUUUAGAAUGUCUUUGUAACAGGAAGUACCCAUAUGCAUAAAAAGGUAUUCAUUUGCUUGUGUCAAUGUGUAUCUAAUAUUACAAGUUAGAUUAUUGAUAUCAAGCCUCAGUUUUGAAAUUUGCUGCUUCAGGAUUUCAUGCAAUAUAUCUAUUUUUAAGAUUUGCAUUUAUAUUUUUAUCUGUGAAAAAACAUCAUUGCGUUAUGAAUGUAAUUGCACUUCUUUAGAGCUUUAAAGUGGAAAUU